AUGGACCAGCCAAAGCCGACAACCAACGAGGCAAAGAACGAGACCCCAGGGUUGAGCGGGGCUCCCAAGAGCCCAAACCCAGGGGAUGGCCCUCCCCAAGUCUCGACGGCGGCUACGAACACUGCCUCGAAGCCCAAUGGAACCCAGCCAGACCCACCUACUACAAGUCAAUCCGCGGGAGACCCACAGACUUCAAGUGCAACAAAGGUUGCUCCUAGUACCACUCCAGAAGAUGCCACAAAGCCAGCGACCGAGAAACCAGUUGUCACUGCCCAAGAAUCCAAGUCAGCUUCCAAACCUUUGCCCGGUCCCGAGGUACCAGUUGUGCCAAGCAACACUGCUCAGACAUCCACAGAUGUCAAGCAGAAGGGACCAACCGAGGAUGCUUCAAAGCCAAAGACUACGAAGGGUCCUGGCGGGCUACCGGCAAUGAUUACAGUCGAGCGAAAGUAUUUGGGCUUGAGGAAGCUGGUUGAACCUGCCGAGGAAGAAACCGACAUUGAUCUUGUCUUUAUCCACGGCAUUGGUGCCGACCCCUACAAGACUUGGACACACAAAGCAACAAAGGUCAACUGGCUUGAUGACAAGUCCAUGCUGCCUGCCGAUUUGCCUAGAGCAAGGAUAUUGUACUUUGGAUACCAAUCCAACUUUCCUGGACUCAUCGACGCCAUCACUGGGCUUAUCUUUCUUGGUACCCCACAUGCUGGAGUGGACGGCAACUCCGCACUCAGCACGGAGGGCGAUAUCUAUCGAGCAAUCGUAGCCGCUCAAGUGAAGACCCACUUGGAGACACUCGAGGUCAUGACGCACAACAACCAAAUGCUUCAUGGAAUUGUUCAGGACUUCAACCAAGUACUGAAGAAUGAGGUCAAGGUCCAGCCCGAAAUCUACUCUUUCUACGAGAUGUAUGCGUCCAGCAUAGGGAAGCUCGGUGGGAUCGGAAGUCUGCCUCAGGAAUUUGUUGUUACGCAGUCAUCUGCGACAGUCUACGGCCACGGCUCCACAGGUCUUAAUGCCGACCACUUCAACAUGAACACCUUCGAAGACAAUGAAGAUGCCAACUACGACUCAGUCCGCCAGCAGAUUGUGAAAAUGGCCAAGGUGGCAAGGGAAAACCAGGAGAGGAGGAAGCAAGUAGGUAAGGUGGUUCCUCAUCAGGGUUUCGGGGCUUUGGUCAGACCAUGGGGUCUAUUCGCCGAGAACUAG